AUGGGGCGAAAAACAGAGUACUGGUUACUGAAAACAGAACCAGGAGAGUGGUCAUGGGAGGACCAAGAAGCUAAUGGAGGAAUUUCAAAGUGGGAUGGAGUAAAAAACAAGCAAGCCCAGAAGUAUCUAAAGUCCAUGAACAUAGGAGAUCUCUGUUUCUUCUACCACUCUGGGUCCAAAGCCCGGAGGAUAGUUGGUGUAGUCUCAGUGACGCGUGAAUGGUACACAGAUGAUGAUGAUGACGGUGGUGGCGCCGUGGAUGUCAAGGCGGUUGGUGAGAUGAGGAGGGUUGUGGACCUUGCGGAGAUGAAAAGGGAUGAAGGGUUGAAGGGUUUUGUGCUUUUUAAACAGAGUAGGUUGUCUGUUGUGCCGGUGGAAAAGGGGUUUUGGGAUAAGAUUUGUGAAAUUGGUGGGGGAUUUGAGGGUGAUGAAUAG